ACCCGCGUCGUCCCUGUCGCCGCGGUCAUCGUCGGUGAUUAAUCGUCGUCGGGAAAGCGGUCUGUCGCCGUGCACUUGACAUCUGCCGGACUUUUAAAAACCCGACGGAUUUUAAUCUCGGAAGCCGCCCAGCGAUCCACACUUGUAAUUUUCUUUUGCACCGCCUUUUUGCAACUAUAGGUUUGUUUUCUGUUCCCGCGCUGGUGAACUAGUGCAGUAAGCUUGAAUGAGAAAAAAUAUACUUGUCCUACUAUCUAAUUUAUUGCACUAGUUCACCAGUGUAGCAACAGGAAACAAGCCUUAUGUGUUUUAGAUCAGAGAAAUUUUAAUAUGUGUAAAAUUUCAGGAGCCGCCUGCCUCUCUCUCUCUCUCUCUCUCUCUCUUUCUCUCGCAGCCGAUCGGUGGAGUGUAAGGAACGCUGUACGUUGAGGAGAAAAAAAACCCGAUGGAUUUUAAUCUUGGAAGCCGCCAGCGAUCCACACUCGUAAUUUUCGCGGCUCUUUUGCACCACCUUUUUGCAACUAUGUGUUUUAGAUCAGAGAAAUUUUAAUGUGUGUAAAAUUUCAGGAACCACCUGCCCCCCUCUCUCUCUCUCUCUUUCUCUCGCAGCCGAUCGGUAGAGUGCAAGGAACGCUGUACGUUGAGGAGGACGAUGAUAUUUUUGUGGGAAGCCUCGCGAAACCCGGUUCGGAAACUACUCGGGGAAAUGGGUCACGGGAACGCGCGACGGUGUUCAAAGGAGCCGAUCCGCGACGGCCGAAAGUGGCGAGACCGAGACGCAGCUGCUGGACAGUGAACCUGCCACCUGCGUGCGUGUAACUUGUACGUAUACGUGUGUUAACACCGGUGGGGUACGUGACCCCACCUCCGUCCGCGCAUCAGGGACUAUCACUGCCUGCCCACCUUAUUCAGGAGAUCAUCUUCCCGAGUAAAAGCCGAGUACUGAACGAGCGUGGGCACAGACAGCAUCAUGCGCUUGGUAGCCCUAACAAUUGUAGUAGCCUGCCUCAGUCUGGCUAGGUCUCAGAAGUCUGAGAUCUCAGCUAAGGGUCUUGAAAUUCCACCGCCUCCGGUAAAACUCGACAAAAAUCUACGGCAAGCGUUGCUGAGAGCGCUGACGGAACUAGAGGCCGAGUCCGUGGAGCAACGACAGGACGAAGAUGAAAAGUCGCUCAUUAUGACCGUCGAAAAGUCUUUCGACGAUGUGGUGAAGAAGAACCUGAACAAUAACAUCGGCGUGAUACCGAAGGCCUCCUUCUCGUUCGACGGCUUUCCGGGGGACGAGGAAAUCCCCAACGAGGAGAAGUUGCAGAAUUCGAGCUUUUUCGAGCUGAAGAGGUACGUUUCGGCGAACACGUCGGGGAUGAUCGAAAAAGCGAGUUACGACGACGCCAGAAGCUUCCACGUGCAGAACGUGAUUCUGCUAGAUAAGAGUACAACGCCGCGUAUCGAGUCUAAAACGGACCCGCUGGAGGCGAAGACUCUGAAAGCUUCCGCGGUCACGUCCGCGGUUAGCAAGGUAGAGAGUAUCACGCUGAAACCGAUUACGCAACUGUCAGAGAGCUUGACCCAAAGCGCCAGCAACGGGAUUACCGGUGCCAACGCGCUGAUCGUACCAAAACCGACUGCAUCUAGUCCGACAGUUCCGCCCAGGAGCAAUGUCACUUCGUCUUCUAGCGCCAACAAGGAAAGGGCUCAAGCGGAGGAAGUGAAAAUUUUCCAGGCGCCUCUAGUGGCGGCCUUCACGGUGCAGCAGGAUGAGCUUGGUAUACCGAAGAGCAUCGUGCCGAUUUACAGGCAAUUAAACGAUGGACAGGCUUUGACUCUUCAAGAACAAUUGGAGUUUAAGCAGAAAUUGCUGGAGCAGCAGCUGGUGGAGCUGCAGCAGCAGCAGUUCCAGCAGACGCAGUUUCUCGUCAGGCAACGUCAGCUCUACGAUCAGCAGUUGAAGCAGAAACAGCAGCAACUGUACCUUCAGGAACAGGCUAGAAUCAAGCAAUUUGAGGAACAGGCUAAAAUCAAACAGUUGGAGGAACAGCGGUUGAAGCAGCUGGAGGACCAGAGGCUCUUCCGCUUGCACCAACCCAAUCAUUUCCCAUUGCUGCAGAAGCCGCACAUAUUCGAACAGUCGAACGUGUUGCCGCUUCAGCCGCCUCAACCGCCUCAAUCGCCCGUUGAGCCUACGGUUCAUUUUCAGCCUAGCGUGUCCCUGGAGGUCCCCAGCGUCGCGGCGCCGCCGUUAUUCCGCACCAACUAUCAAGAGCAGUUACAUUUCCAGCAGUUCCGUCAGCAACCCCAACCGCAGCCCCAACCCCAACCACAGCCCCAACCCCAGCAGCAGCGAUUGCAGCAGAAUUUCGUUUCGUUUCCUACCGACUUCCAGCCGCCCGUGGUGCCGCCCACCAGAUUUAACAGGCAGGAGGCCUUUAACGCCGUCGGCAAUUUCGGUUUCAACCUGGAUAACAAGCAACCGCCUCCGUCGAGGAACACGUUCAACUUCAACGCGCUACCGAGAAACCAAAAUACAAUCCCUACGUUCGUUUACAAUCCCUACGUGCAGUUCAGGCAGAUCCCGACAAGGGGGCAGACACCCGCGAAGCAGAUCCAACGUCUGAUUUACCAGUCGGGAGUCGCUGGUGAGUUGGGCAACGUGCAGGGCCCGGGUGACGAGGACCUCAACAUCGUGUCCAAGGUAUUGGCGCUGAACGUUGGCGCGCUACCCAACAAGAACUAUCAAUUCAUCACGAACAAUCGCGGCAAAUUGGGCAGCGCGUGAACAGACAGAUGGACGUAUCGAUGUAAAACUCCGACGAGUCGUGUAAAUCACUACAGGACGAUAUUAGCAAGGUGAAAUCGAGCUCUCUCCUUUUCUCUCUGUCUCUUCUUCCUCUCUUUCGUCCCCCGUCCAUUUUCUUUCCAUCUUGGCCUACUCCUAACGCGGAUACCCUCUAAUCUCUUGAAACUUUGACAUUGAAACACACACACACACGCGCGCGCAUCGGCGACAAAGGCCGGACAUCAUCGCGGAUUUUGCAGGCACACGCAAACCUACACACAAGUACACGUGAAGAACGGUUAUUCAUAGCUCGCGAGAGGCCGCGGGAUGACUCGGUAAAUUCAACAGUGCGCGAGUCAUGACGAUAGUAACCUUGAACACCAGCAUCCAAGUGAAAUCGAAUCGUUUUGCCCUCGGUGAGUUACCUCCGCGAAAUUUUACUCUCCGUCGCAUCUCCGACGACCGAUAGAAGCGUGAGACAAACGCUGCGGAAUAGGCGCUUCAGGGAGGCGGGAGGAUCGGCAUAACGAGGAAGCUGUUCCUUUAGCGGGCGUAUUAAUUACGAUUGUAUGUAUCUUAAAACAAGGGCCUUCCCGUGCCCGAUUGCGCAAGUUCGCACUGGCUGGUUCGCGUGACGCAGAACACUGUAUAUAAUUGUGUGACUCCAGCCCCGCUUCCUUGUCCCUUUUGAUUUUCUCUUCCAUUCUUGAUACAGCGCUCACGACGCGAGCACUGCCAGCCUCGUCGAUAUAAUAGCAAGAGCACGCUCAAUGGCAGAGAAUGCGAAGAAGCACGUAAUCAUAAAACGUAACCGUAGCAAUAAGCGUAUUUAUGUUAACAGGAGGAGGAUUAAUCCACGCGCUUGACGUGACAGGCAAGGAAGGCGGAAAUCUCUCGCCGGGCCCUGGUGAAAAUUUUUCUCAGAAUUCUCAUGCGAAUUGGUACACUUUUCGGAGAUACUGAAAAAGGUCCGCUCCUUUUCUUAGAAUUUUUCACAUGUAUAUGUGAAUAUUCUGAGAUACAUAAAUGUUUGAAAUUAUAGAAUGGAAAAUUUCAGAAUUUGUAUGAAAAAUUCUAGAAAAGAUAUCAACUUUCUCGGUACUUUUGAAAAGUGUUUCGACUUUUUUGUACAAAAUUACAAAAUUAUUGAAAAGAUGUUAGAAAUUCUGAAAUUUGCCUAAAACUUAUGAAGCCUGAGAAAAAAUUUCACCAGGGGGCUCGCAUUAGUUAUAUUAUUACGUUCCACUUGGGUUUGACGCUCGAGGCGUUCGAGAAAGAAAAGUAUUCUCGGCAAAACUACGACUUUGCCAAAUUCUUCCUUCAAGUAAAUCUGUAAUAUGUUAUUUCUCGUGUCGAAUUUCUAACGCGUGCGGCUAACACAAAUUACUUAUUCUCUACGAAAAAAUUAAUUAAUCCGCCUAAUUACUUCUUCAGAGAAAUCGUUGCACAAAAAACAAACCAGUCAAGUCCAAGUUCAUCAAAGAUCAAAACUCUGUUGUUGAUUAAUUGACGUUUUACAACCGUGUGUAUGUGUGUGUGUGUGUGUUGAGUUUUAAUGAUUAGUUCUAACGAGAUGCUCGCACAUAUAUGCGCGUACAAACGCACACACGGGAACUCGUACGGGAUCAGGGGUCUCGCGAAGUCGUGCAUCGAGCCGCGCAUCGGGAUUGAAAACGCUUCUUCGACUGUAAAUAAACUUUCCCCGGCGGGUACCACACAAUGCCGACGAGGAAGCCGCCGACGCGAGAGACACAUCUCUCGCGCGCGUAUAUACGUGUAUGUCCUCAAUUUCACAAACGUUUGGCACAGAUCCGUGAUUUCACCCGGCGGGCGAAUCGGCGAAUCUCGUGGGACAUCGGCGUCUCCUCUUGUCUUGAUUUAAAAAAAAAAUAAAAAAUUCGGCUCAAUUUAUAGGCAGUCACAAUUAAUUUGGCCGGCGUCACGUCCGUCCGGUAUCGUCGUGAUCGGCAAACGAAGGCGCCAUUAUAACUUAUCUCUUUAUUCCCCGCAUAAAUUAUAUGCGUCCCACGUAUAUUUACUCGCGCUGGAAAGAAUGCAUUCUGCCAUUCUUCCUCUCGUAAAUUCUCUCCACGGUAAUCCGAUAGCAUCGCGGCUCAUCUCCGCGGCGUUAUUUAUUUCUAUUCGAUGUUCGAGUGCCGCACGAAUUAGUAGAGCCCGACGCCGCGAAUGAAUAAUGAUAGAUUCGCAUUGAUUAAAGAUUUAAGCUUUGUCUCGAAACUGAAAUCAACUGUUGGAUGCGAUGCACCUUCGGCGAGAGUGACUGCGUGAGCGAAAGUUGAUGGCGAUUCGUUCAUAAAUGCGAGUCCUUUACGAGCGCUAGGUAAAGCUUGCGCGACUGAACGUAACAUUAAAAUAAAAUAACAUUAAAAUUAAAUAUAGAUAGUGUUAGACGUGUAAUUUGCUUAUAAUUUAUCUGACGCUGGAUUGUACGAAUUCUUGUGUAUAAAUGUUAAUAAACUAAUUUGUUUACA